CCGGCCCAGUGCGGAUCGCGUGUCGAAGUGUGUCCGCGUGAGCGUCUGCGAGUGUCGAGUGUCUUGUGAGGCGCGCGUGCGUGUCAGCCAUGGCUGCCGUCCGCUGACGGCCGCCGCUGUAUGGAUAUCCUGGCCUAUAUGGAACACCAUGAUGCCAGCCGCACCGGCUCGCUGAAGCGCAGCAGCAGCUUCAAGAAGCUCCUCAAGCUACCCAUAUGGGGUUCCAGCUCAGGCGAGCGCCCGGCUGGCGGCGCGGGCCGGCGACCGGACCCCGUGCGAGAGAGCGAGGAGCGGGCAGACGCGGCGGCGGCAGCGGCGGCGGCCGUGGCCACGGGCGGCACCACCGUGGCCGGGGGUGGCGGGGGCGCGCCCCACCAGCGGCACUCCCACCACGAGGACGACGACGGCCGCCUGCACCACGACCUCACGCAACAUGCUCCCCGGAAACCGUCCAACACGACCAUCAACAGGUCGGAGAGCUACAAAGAACGCGUUCAGAAGAGGCAGCUGCGAGAGCGGCGGAAAACGAGUGAUCCGAACCUCUCGAAGACCAAUGAUGUGGAGGUUGAAAGUCAGGGUCUUUCGUACAAUAACUCGGGAAGUUCCUCAAAUUCCAGUCUUUCAACAAGCAUAUUGGAACGUAUGGACGUGUGCAGGAGUCUGGACAGCCCGAGCAACUCGCUGGAGGCAGUGUCCGGUGGUCAGGCGAGCGAUACUCUGACUCUGACUCCACCUGCACCUUGUUCGGACAGUGGCAGCUCUGCUCCCCUGGAUAGCGACCUGGAAGCAGAACCUGAUCCCCCUGAUUGGAUGCAAGGAGUUGAGGAAGAAGUGCUGCAAAACCUUUCACCAAGGGAGAAGAAAAGACAAGAGGUUAUAAAUGAGCUGUUCCAUACAGAAAGAUCUCAUGUUAGAAAUUUAAAGGUGCUAAAUCAAGUAUUUUUUCGUCCUAUGCUUGAAAAUCAAAUUCUCCCACCUGACCAAAUACAACUUCUAUUUUCAAAUUUGGAAGAGGUGCUAGAAAUCCAUAGUCAAUUCAACAAUGGUAUGAAAAGAAAACGUUCUGAGAGCCCAGUUGUUGGAGAGUUGGCGGAUCUUCUUCUUAGUAUGUUUGAUGGCCCUUCGGGGGAGAACUUCCAGAGAGCUGUGGCAAAGUUUUGUGCUCGGCAACAAAUUGCCCUUGAAUCGUUGAAGGAAAGGCGGCGGAAAGACAGCAAACUCAACAGCUUCCUUAUGGAUGCAGAGGGAAAUCCCUUGUGCAGGAGGCUACAACUAAAGGACAUCAUUCCUACAGCAAUGCAGAGGCUCACAAAGUAUCCUCUGCUUUUUGAGAGUCUGGCAAAGUACACAUCAGAAAGUUCUGAUGAAGUUUCAGGAGUCCAGCGUGCAGUUGAAAGAAGUAAAGAAAUUCUGAACCAUGUAAACCACGCUGUGCGUGAGGCUGAGGAUAACCAGAGGUUAUUAGAUAUACAGAAAAGGUUAGACAAAUCAGGUUUUGAGAAAGUCGAUCACCCAAUGGCUGGAGAGUUCAAGAACUUGGACCUGACAAAACAUAAACUUAUUUAUGAAGGCCCUCUUAACUGGAGGAUCAGUAAUCGCCAGAAGCUGAUAGACCUCCAUGUGCUGCUGUUGGAUGAUGUUAUAAUUCUCCUGCAGAAGCAGGAUGAAAAGUACUGCCUCAAAUUCUACAACACAAUAACUAGUGGCAGCAGUGAACGAAUGCCCACUCUCAGCCCAGUCAUCAAGGUCUCAACAGUGCUCGUCAGGCACAAUGCUGUCGAUCAAAAUGCUCUGUACCUGGUAAAUACUUCACAUAAUGGAGCGCAGAUUUAUGAGCUGGUGGCGGCAACACCUAAUGAGAAGAAGACGUGGUUCAGACACAUAUCUGAGGCAGCGGAGGCGUAUAAGACGAGGGAUGGCAAGGGGCGCCGACCCGAGCCACCACCAGCUGCUUCCAGUGGGCCACCUGAUGCAGAAGGUGCUGAUGCAACCAAAGAAAAUGAUGAAAGCUUGUCAGAUAGUACUAAAGAUGCAGAAGCUGUUGGUCAGUCAGCAACUGCAGCCACUUCCACUAGUGAAUCGGAAGGUGCCACAGCAGCGGCUCCAACCCAGCAGCCUGCUGGUGCACAAGCUGCGUCACCUUCUGCAUCGCCCGGUGCAGAACUGGACCCACAAGCUGCCCUCUCCAGGAAGAUGGGCGAGCGUGGGCCCUCCCCGACUCCAGGUCCGGCCCCUACCAUGUCUCCAUCACCUGGAGCCAUGCGUCGGCGGCAUGAACCGGUACGUCUGACAACAGAGGAGAGCCCACUGGUGCAGCCAUGUGAGGUCAUCGUCUCUCACCGACCAGUCUUAACAGCUGAACCUGUCAUCAUGCCCAUAGAGAAGCUACGCCGGAAGGAUGAAGAAAUCAGAUUAGCACUAGAUGAGAAACGGCAUUUGGUAGCUGACAUUCUCAAUAUUCCAAAAGAGGAGUUUGACCACAUAGCUGAAAUGGCUGCAGAACCUGCUGCUCACAAAGAGGGUGCUGAACUAGCACUCGCUGCCAUAGCUCAAGUAAAUCAGCUGACAACAGCACUUAAUGAAGCAUUGCGAGUAACAGAGGAUGAAGUUGUGCGUCGGAGUGGCCGCAUUCCCACAAUUGCUGCACACAGUGUCCAGGGGCCCGCCACUUCCCUCAGCUCUCUACUUACGCAGAUACUUAAAUUGGUGAAGGAGCAGGAAGAGGAGAAAGAGAGAUUGAGGAGGGAACUACAGAGGUUACGAGAACAAGUGCACGUUAUGCACGAAGCUCGACGACGUAAACACAACCACCCAAAUGGAUCGAACAAUCCUGGCAACAUUUUGGUACCAUUAUCACAGCCUGAGAGCUGUGUAACAGUUAGCAGUCACAGCGAGGAUGAUACUGGUUGUCAAAGAUUGGAUAUCAAAGAUGAAUGUGAUGGAGAACCAAGAACAACUUCAAUUGAGCCGAUUGAUGACCCAGCAAGUGAUUUAAGUUCUGAGGUGUUUGUUGACGCACUAUCUGGAGAGGCAGAGAGCCAACUAGAAGCAGAGGCUGUUGUGGAGACAACAGCGGAGGCCACUGCUCUGGAACUAGAGCCCUAUGUGGAACGCCCUCCUGUGAUAUGAAGCGGAUUGAUUGUCGUGUGUGUGGCAAAUCUGGGAGUAUGUGCUUCCCUAGGCACUUGCAUUUGCAGUGAUACUGGAUAAAUGUACAACUACUCGUGGACAUUGUCUGCAAGGGUUAUAAAAUGACACGUGCUGAUAUUAAAACAGAGCUUAAAAUAUUUUAAUGUAAGUUGAACAUGUUUUGUUCUGUUACCACUGUGAGCUUGUUAAGUUUCUAUGCUGUAAGUGACAGAAUUACACUGGUUCAUAAUAUAACAGCACAGUUAUUAUACUAUGGUAGAGUUAUAAUUUUGUAAAGCAGAGAAACUGAAAAAGAUUUCUGUGCAUUCACGCAGACUGUAGCAUGUCAUUAUUGUCCACUACCUCAGAGAUAUAAGCUGUUUAUGCAGCAUACAGAUUUCACUUUAGGUGUGGAAUCCAGAACUUUCGUUAAUGUAAUUUCUUCUCUGCUCGCAGCCAGACAAGACUGCUGUUAUUUUCUGGGACAGUCUUAUUCUUACAAUGUCUACAUCGUUUCAUAACAUGGAAGAUGCAAAUUAUGAAAUGUGUUGAUUCAAGAUAAUGUGUGAAACACUGUCAAUGACAGGGGUUUAAGGAGUAGGGUAGUGAGAACCCAGAUGUAUUUUUAUUCAUGUUUGUGAUAAAGUUCUAUCUGUAACUUCCACUGUGAUUGCUGCACACUGAAAAAGAGGAGAGAAAUCCGAAAUCACAUACUAAAAACAAAAAGUGUUAAAGUUUCCUGCAGUGGAAGUCUAAACUGUAGACUAAGGGAGAACAGACAGUAUGCCUGACACUAUAUUCGGCCUAGUAGAAUUGUGAUGGUUAGUUGGUACAAGAAAUUUGUGGAAUAUACAGUAUAUUUGUAUGUGUUGAAUUUGUUCAAUACUGUCAACUCCAUUGUGAAUAUUUUACCUACUUUCAGCUUCCCAUUCCAAAAACUAAAUGGGCAUGUAAUUUAUUAUUGUAUUAUAUAUGAAAGUGAUAAGCAUAUAAUUUAAGAUGUUAAACAUUUGGUUAUUUAUAUGAAAAUAUUAGCUAUUUUUAGUUUAUGGGAAUUAUUUGUCCUUAAGAGUGAAAUGCUGUACAGUAUUCUGGUGCAAUAGAAUCUUUGUCAUUAAAACAAAAGUGUAGUCAAUCAAAAUGAAUUUCUCCUGUUUCACAUAAACAAUUUUUGUUCGUUGCUACUCUGUAAAACAUGAAAAAUUUCUACUUACUGUGGCCUAUGCCUUGCUUUAAUUUCAUAUUAUAUUGCAACAUUUACAAAACAGCUGGAAGUAUCCCACAAAGCUCCAUUGUUAAAUUUACAAUAAUGUUGAGUGAGCCAUGUAGAACAUAACCACUAAAAUUUUUCAUUGUUGGAAAAUUGCUACCUGCUGUUGGAAAAAUAACAUUUUCUACAUGUAAAUUAUUCUGGAAAUUUACAUAUUAUCAUUGCUUGCCAGUGGAAAUCAGUUAUGUACACACUACAGCAUUUUUAGAGGUUGUAAAAUUACAUUGUCCCAAGUACUAACAAAACCUACGGAUCAGAAUAGUGUCAUUAUUCCAAUAUCCAGAUUGAUUGUACGAGCAAUGGAUUUGUUAAGUCGUUUUCUUAAUAAGCAUCAAAAUUUCAUAAUAAAAGCAAGUAACUUAUAAAAAGUGGAAACUGGUGCACUCAGCUUACGGUACUAGUUUUUUAAGAUUAUUUUUGUACAAGAUACAUGUAAGUUUUUAUAUUUUCAUAUGAGUCAAUUCCUUGCAAAAGUUCAAACAAAAAAGUAGAAGCUGACAUAGCUGAUAGUGUGACAUUCAGAAAAUUUGUAGACCAAUUAUAUUUUAUUUUGAAAUUCGAAAUAUCUGUGCUCUUUGUUGCAUUACUGUUGUACCAAAUGAUGUGACUUCCAGAAAUGUUAAAAUGGCAUUUAAUUAACAAAGAAACAUUUAAACCAGCACAAGACCAUAUAUAUCGUGUAUCAAACCGUAAUUUUCUUGAGUAUUAUAAAUGCAGAUACAAAGCCACCACUGUGUGCAAAGGAUGAAUUUCCAGGUUGUGCUGCAUUUGCUAAUAAUGCUACAGCAAGUACUUCUAUGGUUUCAUACUAUAUGAAUUACCAGACAAAUAAUCGAGAACAAUGGAUUUUUCCCUACUUGUAACAUUAACUGCCUAGUUUGAAUGUCAGCAUUGCUUACUAUUGAUCAGCCAAAUUUUUGCCAAGAUGCCUUGCAGAUGUAAUAAGGAAAAAAAUUGUUUUUGUACUAGAUACUAGUCAAUCUGGAAGUUUGUUCCAGAUACCUAACUACAAUUAUGUUUCACAGAAGUGGAUCAUGAACACAUCCCUGUUUGGUAUUGAAAAUGCUUUGGGACAUGUGAAAUCUGAAAUGAAAAGUUGUGAAAUAGUCUGAGCUACUGUUUUCUCGUGUUUACAGAGGGGGAAAGUUUGUGAAACACAUUGUGGUAUCUUUUUAAUAUUUUGCUUUACAUGAAUAAUUUAAUUUUGCAGUCAGGGACCAUGGAAUUAUGUGAACAGUGACUAAACUAUCCAGUCAGUCUCGUGUGUUGAGAAGUGCAAAUGUAUAAGCAAGUGUUGCUUUUAAACAAAGUUGUAUUUAUUUUAUUGAGCUUCAUGUGAUAAAUACUUCCUAUUUAAUUUUAAUAUAGAACAGUCUCUAGCAGUUGAUUGAAAAGUUUCCUCCCCAUAAAACUGUGUAAUGUUAUAUUUGUGUACAGAAAUGCAGUUGUGUAAUCUGUCUUUAGUUGUUUUGUAUAUUUCUGUUUAGUCAGUUGUUAAAAGUAACUGCACAUUGUUACCACAGCAAAAUAAAUAAUGUAUGUUGUAUUUUAAGGAAAACUUAGAAACCCGUAACAUUUAGUGUUGUCUCAUUAUACAGGACAAGAAAAACAGGAAUCCAUGCAGCAACUAAAUAUUAACUAAAUCUUAAAUGCAGUAAUAUAAAUCAAAUACCCUCAUUAUGUUAUAUUCUAGUAAAAAGUGUACAUAAGAGAAACAAAAUAAAAUAUAUUGCUACAUCUGAA